GUACAGUACAGCACCGCAUUUUACAACAUAGGAUUUUACGCCAAUCGUAUUUUUCUUAUGUAAACAAUUUUAUACAUUUUAUGCGUGUUACGGUAAUAUAAUCAUACUUUUGAAGAGGAAGCACACCCGAAGAGGUUGAUUGUGAUGAGCAGUCAUGUGUCCCAGGUGAGGGCCCUGUACAAGGCCCUGCUCAGGCUCCACAGGGGGAUGCCCUACGGCCUACAGGCCAUGGGAGACAAGUAUGUGCAGGAGGAGUUUAAGCGGCACAAGCAGUGUUCUCCAACUGAGGCUCGAAUCUUCAUGGACGAAUGGACUAAAUACUAUCUGACGUUGGCAAAGCAGUUAUCGAGACGAAAGAAGAAACAGACUAUCGGGAAUAAUCUUGGCCCAGAAUUAUUAGAGAAUUUUAGCGAUGAACAAGUGGCCCAGCUUAAUGAACUUUUCAAUUCUGCCACACAACGGACUUCAGGCAAGGAAUCCUGACAGCCGUUCAUGCUCUAGGAUUUAUACUUCAUUUUUGGUACAUUUAAAGGGAUGGAUUAUUUUGGCAUUUUUAUUGUGUGUUUUGUUGUAAUUAAAUGGUUAAAUUAUUUUGUUUGAUCUAUAAGAUAUUAGAUUUGUGUUGUGGCUUUUUUGGCUCAGUUAACUUGUAUGUAACACUAUUUGGUAAUUAUAGUGUGAACUAGUCUGACUUUGCUAGGCAAAUAUGAACAUAAAAAUAUAAUGCAGAGAUUUCCUUAUCAGCAUGCAAGGCAAUUAAACAUUGAAACUUAGAUUAAUAGUAUAUGAAUGAUGUAGUAGUUAAUUCUUGGUUAUUUCCCUUUACAUUGAAGUAAAUGUUUAUUUAGUAUAAUAAUUAAUAAAUCUCAAGUGUAACUGAUUAUUUCUAUAAAGUAAUUUAUUAGAGGAAAUCAUAAUGACUGGACUGUACCAUACACUUUCUUCUACAGAAAUAUUAUUUGAUUAUAUUAUAGUGACAUAAAUUGUAUUGGGUUUUUUUUCAAUUUAUUACGUUAUGUAUAUAUACAAGUCAUAUAUAUAUAUAUGCAGAAAUGCCAAUGUAUUAUGUUGAAGCUUAAAAUGUUACAAAUAUGGUGUACAGCUGGUGUAUGGCAUCUUAUCAUUGUCUAUAAAUGAACAAAUACAUUUAUACACAAGUAUGUAAAACAUCUUAAAAUAAUGCUUUAAACAGUUUUAAAACAUCAAAUAGACAAGUUGUACAUCACUGGAUCUCAUAUUUUGUAAAAACAGAUGUUAUAUAAAUGUACACCAACAUUGUUGAAAUCUUAAAAAAAAUGUCUUUUAAUGAUGAUUUUAAUUUUUAUGCAAAUUAUGGCCCUUGUUAGAAAUUUUGCGUGUAGUUUUUAUCAAGCAGAUAUCUCACCAACCCCUGCAAGUUGAUUGAAAAUCCACAUAAGGCACUUCAGGUUAAAUUUCUCUAAUCUGAUUUGCUCUAGUCUUAUUAACAUGUUGAAUUUCUGAGGUCAGUACAUCACAGUGACCCAUGCAUGUUUAUACAACACUUGGCAGAAAUUAUAGCAUAAAUUAAGUGUAAGGUAGCUCUCGGAUUAAUUUAUUGCUUGAACUUUUUUGUUUUAAGUUUAGGCUAUAUCUUAGUGUAGACUUUGGUGUUAGGAAUCAAGCUAUGCUUGCACCAUACAACAUGUACUUAAGUCGAGAGCACUGUCUUACUCGCAGCUCUUGUUUAUGAAAUCUGGUUGCAAUGUUUUUUCUGUUGAAUCAAAAUAAAUGUUGAAAAUGUA